CCGGUUUUUAUUUUUUUAUUAUAAAACUAAUAGCGCUUGUUAUUCUCUGGACAUUGCAGUCAAGUUCACAUGUUAAUAUGUCUGCACUUCCAGCAUCAAAAGCCAACUGCCUUUGAGUGCUGGGUCAGGCCGUGGAUUUACUGGAUUAUGAUUGAUGCCGUAUUGUUAUUUUUUAAAAAGUUCUUAUCAGUGAAAAUGCAUUUAUGUAUUCACCGGUGAAAAUGUGACUGUUUGCUUUACAGUAAGGCAACAAAAAAUAGGUUAGCAAAGUUAGAAGGAGGUGAAUAGAGGAAACUAGACGAGUCAGGCGUUCAGAGCUGCGGGAUGGGGGGUAUAUGGGAGUUCACUUGAAGGCUCCCUCGAUUUUGUUCUAUAUUUGAAAUUUUCCAUAAUAAAAUGCUUUAAAAAGUGACUACUAGGAAAACUUAGGAGCGUGUGCCCCCAGCGCCGAAUCUCUGCCGGGGGCUGUUUUGGCUGCAGGUUUAUUCCGCCCAGUCGGGGUCUCACUGGUCCAGCUUGCACUCUGCUUUUAACUUGUUUUUGCUUAGCUAGAAUGUUCGCAUUUACACCCAUUAAUGUGGUCUCUAUAGAAUGGUUUCAGUCUUAACCCUUCCUCUUUUCCACGCAGCCUUCCCGGCCUCCGCCCUUUCUCCACUGGUCCCCGUGUCCCCUGCAGGUUCUGUGACCCAGGCACCUGCACCGGGGCGUCAUAAGGCCUCAGACCACACCAAGGACGGAUCAGGGAGGACGGACAAGGGCUGAAGGAUGGUUGGCGCCGCCUCCAGGCUCCCGGCCCGAGUCACCCACGCGGACGCGGUUCCGACUUCACUGCAGGGUUUGGGAGGUUGCGCGCAGCGGCCGUCUCUGGGUCCCGGGUGCGUGCCUUUGGUUUCCCGGAGCUUGCCUGAAGCACUCGGCAUGUUUGGUCUGCAGCGCCCGACCCACGCGAAAGAUAAGACCAACGUGGCCCCAGGAGAGGCAGAGGUGGGCUACGCAGAGGCCAAGCCACCAGCCUCCUUCCUCUCGGAGGUCUAGCCAGGAGGGCACACCCCCCAGCACAAGGGGUGCCCCAGGAACCAGAGGGGCUAUGGCCCCCUCUGCGUGGCGAAGAGAGGCGGGAAUGAGAGGCUCCAGAGGAAACCGAGUCUUUGAAGAAGCUUGCCCACCCCAGUUUUCCCCCAAGACCUCCCAGUGACUAUCUUCUAAGAGGCCCAGCGGAGGAGUGCACUUAUGACCGACUCUGGGACCUUCCUUGUUCGUUGCCUGGAGCUCAGCGUCCUUAGCGGGCCCGGGGCAGUGGUGUCUGUGUGCGUGAGUGUCACGGUGCCGACCUCUCCCGACCGCCAGAAGCGAGGCCCCGGCCGUCGGACCCAGUGCUCAGGGGCCACUCCCCGCCCGGCGUCCCGGCGAGAGGACCGCUCAAGGUAGGGGCCAGGGCUUCUCAGUCCUGCGUGGACCUAUGCCUCCUGCCGGACUCAAAGGAGCGCAAAUAGGCGCCUGGGUCUGGGGGCCCUGGGAGUUCCUGGGGUCCUGCCACGCCCGGCCCAGAAGCGCACCGCAUCCCCAGCCGCGCCUGCCAGUUUUCUUCUGCGAAAAUUCCCUGAGGCUGCUCGGUUUUGCCCCCUCACCCCUCGGUGUGUCUGUCUCACUUUUCUCUACCGGUCGACUUCUCUUUUUGCUUCUCUGGACCGCUCUGCCUCGGCUUCUCACCCCCUCCCACGGUCGCCGCUGCGCCCUUCCCGGAGCGCUCUCCCGGCUCCAGCUUCACGCGCGUAACCGCAGCGUCAGCACAUCCGGGCCUCGCUCAUUUGAUUUGGGUUUGUUUCUUAAAUCGCGAAAAUCCAUUUCCCCCAAAUGGGCGGGGGCCUCUCCGGGCUUGGGAGCGGUCGGCCUGCUGCCCCCUCCCCCACGGCGGUCCCCGAGGCCAGGCAUUGAUCCCCGCCUUACAGUACAUCGCAUUAGCCCUAAUGGCUUAGCUGCUGCUUCAACUUCUUUUUCGUUAAAAGCCACCCCUCGGUCUUCACCCCUCCUCUGCCUCCUGUCCCCGAGCGCCCUGCACUCUCAGGACCCACUGGCCCGAGGAGACGCGGCUCCUGGAACUGGGGCCCGGGGCGCGGCACUGCGCUUGUAGACGACCCUGAGGGAGCACGCUUCUCUGGGCAGGGUCAGUGGCGCUAGGGUAGGGGAGGGAGGGGCGACGGCAGUUUGGGACCGUCUAGGACCUCGAGUCCUCUGUCGCGUAAAAUGCAGGAUUUAGACACGAUCCAACCAGAAACGUCUAGUUGUCACUCGAACACCCAGACUCAGACCCAGGGCAGAACCGCGCAACGAUCCGGAAGCAGGGAGACCCCUGCUUGCUCUCAGAGGGGCUCCAGGCUUCUGGGCUGCGGGUUCCACAGGCGGGGAGGGCGGGGGCCGCGGCCAGGGACAGGUUCAAGGUCAGCUGUCACUUCCGAGCGGAGCCGGCCCGGAACCCGCGCCCCACCGGCUGCGGAAACUCGGGGUGAGACCUGGGAGGCCCGGCACAGCGGGGAAGCCGCGGGGGAAGGGGGAAGGCGACGCAGCCCCGGACCCCGCCUCCGGCCUCCUACCUGGGGACGGAGCGCCACCGGCAAAAAAGAAUGCCACUCGGGCGCCGCCGCCGCCAGACUCUCCGGGACUGAGGCUCCGACCCGGCGAAGCUGGCGGCCUGGAGGCAGCUGCCGCGGAGGAAGUGGGGACGGCGUCCAGCUUCACCUGCCCCCGACGCCACCUCGGCGGCUGCACUGUAUUUAAUGUCGCGAGGAAACCCUGCUCAUUGUUUAAAAGAUUCAGAAAAUGCAAGCAAUGAAAACAGGCAUCCCAAGAUCGACUCCUUGGAGAUAGUCAGAGUUUCGGUUUGUUUUUGAGACAGGUUCCCCCGCGGUGUCGCCCAGGCUUCAGUGCGGUGGCGCGAUCGGGGGCUCACUGCAGCCUCCGUUUCCCGGGAUCAAGUGAUCCUCCGUCUCAGGCUCCGAGUAGCUGGGACUUCAGCCGCGCACAACCACACCCGGCCAAUUUUAAUAUCUUUGUAGGGAAGGGUGUUCUAUGUUGCACAAGCUUGUCUUGAACUCCUAAACUCAGGUAGUCCUUGUCGCUCAACCUCCCAAAGUGUUGGGGUUACAGGCUUGAGUCACUGUGCCUACCAGAGUUUUUGAUAAAGUUUUUUCCCCCAUGUCUGCUGUCCGAUGGAGGGAGUAGUCCCCCAGGGACCCCACCAUGACGCAUGUAUAUUUUAAACAGGCAAUGAAUGCAUCAUGCAUCACCAAGGCGCGAAAUAACAACGGAUGAGCAGGUAGCCGGUGGAAAGGCUCCCUCCCCUCCUUAAAAAUGAGAGGUGAAUGUACUUAGGGAGAAAAGCACAGAUUUAAGAGAACAAUCAGAGGAAUUUUGAUAAAUGUACACACUUGUGUAGUCCCACCCGAAUCCCCCAUAUUUUUCAGCAAGAAAAAUGUCUACAAAGACGCCUAAACGGUUUAAAUUCAGAGAGACCUAGCGCCUCCUUCUUUCUCCCCUUCCCCGCCCCACCCCUUCUCCUCCGCCUCGUUUUCCUUUGUACCCGAGCUAUGAACACAAUUUAAAAUGUCCUCCACUUCUACAAAGAGCAUAGACCAGGACCAGGGAAGAUCCCCUCCCCACCCCCACCACAGGACACAGCUGUCAACCCCGCCGGCUCUUUCCGCUCCUACCCGCCUCUAUAUUUCUAAAUAAGAUACUGCUGCCACAAUUGCUGGCUUUCAUUUUUUUCCGUCUGUUUUUUCUUUUUUGAGAGGAAUCUAUCCACUCCCUGUGGCCUGUCUGGAAGGCGGGACGUUCACCUGCUGUCUUGCUGCUCAGAAGCGCUCAGGGCCCUUCCCUCCCUCCCUCCCUUGGACUGAGCUGAGAUGGGUCCCAGCGCUCACAGCCGCUCCGGCGAACGCCCUGCACAGCUGGGCGUGCACCAAGAGCACAGGUUUUUUCUAUACUUGUGGCCUUUCCGCCCUUGGUUUUCUGUCAUUCAUCUGUCUGUCCCCAACUCCCCUCCACUGUGCUUCUGUCUGCUGGAGGAAGUAGACCCCCAGGGACCUCAACACAUCGAGGGGGAAGGUAGAGGGCAGGCUGGCCCCGCAGGAACCUCCUAUUUCCAGUUCCCCCAUCCCACUUUCAGAGACCAAGUCCAGAGGCGUCUGCAGGUCAGCAGGCCGAGUGGCCCUCACUCCCAGCCCCUACACUCCCCAGGCCCUCCCCACCCCCACGUGCACCUCCUCAGCCGCCAUCCUGCUGUGGGCGACCUUUCCAAAGACACUUGAGCCUUUCUCUGCAACUUCUGGGUCAUAUUUCACUCCCGGUUCGCACCUGGGAGGGCAGAUACAUUCCUGAACGGAGGUUCUGAGGGUCCUGGAGGGUGAAUCCUUGUCCAGCCUCCAGGGAGGCCCUCACUGAAUGAGGAGCCGGGCAGACUCAUCUGCAUGGAGUUUAUAGGAAGGGAGUCCAGAUGCUGGGGGAAGCCUAUAGUGAGGUGCCACCGUGGCUCCUGUCCUCAGCUGAGGGAUGGGUGCCUGCCGGUGUCUCCUGUGUGGUGGCGACUGCACUUAGCAGGACACAUGUGUUUCAUGCCUAAGAAAGACGUGAGGAAAGACAUUGAGUGCAUCUCAUGUGCUAGGAUUCCCACUGUUUGCUGAAAUUGCUUUGCACACGUCUGUGUUUGCACAUUUAUUUUAGGAUGUGGAAUGUGUCCCUCACUGUGAUUAUGACCGAAAACAGCGUGAAGGGUGCGGAUGAUGCUGGGAUUACUGCUGUUACCUUAGACUUCAUCGUUUGAAUGUUUUCCUUCAUACUGAUCUCGGGAAUGAGGGUUCUCCCAAGAAAGACACUCAGUAGAACAGUUAGAGAGACAGACAGGAAGUGCACAUGCAAUUUAAAGAAAUGGACCCCACGAUCGUGAGGUCUGGCAAGCCCAAAUCGUGUAGUGCGGGUCGGCAGGCUGGGAGUUCAGGCCGGAGCUGAGGCGGCGCUUCUGAGGACAAAUUCCACAGAGAGCAGGCUGGCAGCCCAGGUGGGGUUCGUGUGGCAGCCUGGAAGGGAAUUCCUGCUGCUUUAGGGAGCCUCAGUGUUUGCUCCACAGGCCUUCCACUGAUGGGGUGAGGCCCACCAUCCAGUGGCCAGUUAUCUGCUUUCCUCGAAGUCCACUGAUAUUAAUCCCACCAUUUAUAAAUCCCAACAUUUAGACUGCAGUUUGACAAACAGCUGGGCACCGCAGCCCGGCUAAGUGGCACACGGCAUGACCACCGCAAGUGUCGGCGCCGCUGUGUGGUGUUUAACAACCCUCCUUGACAUAAGCACACAGGAAUGUCCCUGCAGUGAUAUUUUCGCUGGCAUUAUGGACAAUGUGUACCUUGAUUUGAGCUGCCUCUGUGAGCCUGAGGCUCUUCAUCCCACUGAGGUGGACUGGCACUGGCCUGUGUGGGGCACGGGUCGUGUUGGGGGAUGGAGCCCAGCCCUGGGCACAGCUGUUAGCCUCAGGGCUGGCUGACAGCCCUUGAGCACUUCUCUGGAGGUGUAGCAGGAUCUGCCAGCCCCCCACUGCCAGGCUGCCAGCUCCUAGAGGACGGGAACCUGUGCCCUCCCGUCAGGCCUCCAGGACCCACUCGAAGCAGGGUAAGACAGGGAGAAGUGGUGGGGGGGCACAGGCAGCUGUUUCUCCCACCACACGGAGAUCAGCAGGAGGGGACGGCAGGGUCGGCUCAGGGCACACACUUCCUCUCAGGCUGGUUCAAGUUAUAAAUGCAAAAUCAAAAAGCUUUAUAAAAAGACUAAAAACACUCAUAAGUUUUUAUCUGAUCUCAGGGUGUGGAAAGGGAGAUCCAUUCUCCCCUUUUUCCUUUUGCUUAUUGAACCCUUCUGAAUUUCAGCUGGGCACUUAGCUAAAGACUACAUUUCCCAGCCUCCCUUGCAUCUCAGCCUGGCCACAUGAUGAGGUUCUGACUGCUGUGCCUUAGAUGUGCAGUGCGCAAUGUCUGGAUAGAUCUUUCUCUUAUCAGGAGGUUGGGUGACCCUCAAUGCCUUUCCCUCUCCUUCCUGGCUGCCUGGAAUAGGGCUGUGAUGGUCAGAUGAGGACAAUUUACUUAAAGCAAAGCAGAGCCUCGGAUAGAAGGAGCCAGGUCCCUGGUAGCCUGGCACAGAGCCGUCCUAUCCCCUGAAUGGUUUACCAGCUCGAUUCAUUUAUUUGUUGUGAGAAACAAAUACAACCUUCUGUCUUGUGUAAGCUACUGUGACUUGGCUUUUAUUUAAGAAACAGAGUUGGCUGGGAGCGGUGUCUUACGCCUGUGAUCCCAGCACUUAGGGAGGCCGAGGCGGGUGGAUCACCAGGUCAGGAGAUAAAGACCAUCCUGGCCAACAUGGUGAAGCUCUUUCUCUACUAGAAGUACAAAAAAAAUUAGCCAGCCGUGUUGGCGUGUGCCUGUAGUCCCAGCUACUCAGGAGGCUGAGACAGGAGAAUUGUUUGAACCUGGAAGGGGGAGGUUGCAUGUCCGCACGUGGCUUAACCACCACAAGUGUCCAGGGCCUCCAUGUGACAAGAUUGCAUCAUUGCCUGGGCGACAGAGUGAGACUGUUUCAACAAAAUGAAAUAGAGUCAACACCCUAACUAAUAUAGGAGGCCUUUCUAGAUUGGGCCAGUUAGAAUCUGUGUUUGGCUGCUGACAGAGCACUGACGGCAGGUGUGGCCAGGGACCCACAGAAUCCUUCUCUCUUGCCUUUUUUUUUGACCAUCUUUAGUGAAGGUUUCAUCCUCCAGGUCACAGAAUGGCUGCCGAAGCACCAGCCCUCGAAUUCCUGUUCUAUUCAGGAAUAAAAGGAAGGGCAAGAGACAAAGCUGUGGCUUCCUGUCAGCUUUUAGAGAUGGCCCUGAAGCCUCUUUCACUGACUUCUGCUUUCAUCUCUCUGGCUACCCCUGUCUUCAAAAAUUCGUUGCUAAAGCAGAGGGGACAGUAUUUAUUGGGAGGCAACUUGGAAGCCCUGCACAGGGGGGAACAUUCACAAGAGAAUGAUGUCAGCUUUGGCCACUAAGCACCAAAGCCAGGACUUGUAAAGCCCUUCCUCUGGAACCAGUGCCCUGGGUCUUCCCCAGCCCCGGAGGCUGACUCCUGGUCUCCCGUGAACUCAGACACAGGGGGCGGGGUGCGUCCAGUCCCCCACACCCAGGCCCAUGCGUGCAGCCUCCUGUGAGGCAGCAGGUGCAGAGCAGGGAGCCCCGGCGUCGGAGUCAGGCAGAGGGAGUCCCAGCCCCUGCUCUCUGGCUCUGUGGCUUUGGGCAAGGCUCCCGGCCUCUCUGAGCUGCCACUUCCUCAUCUGUUUUAGGUGCUCAAAAAAUGAUAGCCAAGGUCGUUACAGCUGCUCCGUGGCAAAGUGCAGUGGGGCAGACGCCACCCUGCAGCCGCGUUCACUGGAUGUCUGCCUGGCUGGCUGAGCCCACCUGUUAUUUUUAUUACAAACUGCCGCUCAAUCGGCUUCACCCAAGACCUGUUACCCAAAAUAAUGUGAGUGAUUGCCCAGUGAAUGCAGGGUCAGUACUCAUGAUGCCCUCCUUGCCCACAGCCCCUGAGAGCCAGGGCCGGGCUUGGAGAAGUCAGGAGAGGCGGAGGCCUGGAGCACGCCCGCUGAGGUGUCUGGGAGGAGAGGGCUGCCGGCCUGGGAGCCAGCUGGGCCCUUGCGGUUUGUGUUAGUGCCUCCUUGACACAGGGCACAGGCCCGAGGACCUCUUGUAUCUGCCUGCAGCUGUUGCCAGCCUGCUGCUGGCCACAGGGCAUGAGCCCAGGAAGGUGGGUCCCCACAGGGCAUGGGCCUGGGCCGCUGGUGGGAAUGACGGUCUUUUCCUGAUGUCAGGGAGGCCACCCCACGGGGAAGCAGGAGGGAGAGUCCUUGGACUUGGGGGUUGGCGUUCAGGCUCCUGUUUUAUGAUGGACAAAUGGAGGUCCCGAGAGGCCCAGAGCCUGGCCCAAAGGCGCACGGCAGAUUCACGCCUGAGAUGAGUGCAGGUCCCAGGCCUCCUGUCUCCCUUCCAGGGCAUCCUGGCCUGAGGUCUGCAGAGCCUUCGGCGAUCCGUGAGUGGGCCUCAGGGGUCCCGUGUCCCACUGGCGUGUCUGCCUGUUCUGGUGUGUGCCACGCCUCAGGGGUCCCGUGUCCCACUGACGUGUCUGCCUGUUCUGGUGUGUGCCACGUCUCAGGGGUCCCGUGUCCCACUGGCGUGUCUGCCUGUUCUGGUGUGUGCCACGCCUCAGGGGUCCCGUGUCCCACUGGCGUGUCUGCCUGUUCUGGUGUGUGCCACGUCUCAGGGGUCCCGUGUCCCACUGGCGUGUCUGCCUGUUCUGGUGUGUGCCACGUCUCAGGGGUCCCGUGUCCCACUGGCGUGUCUGCCUGUUCUGGUGUGUGCCACGUCUCAGGGGUCCCGUGUCCCACUGACGUGUCUGCCUGUUCUGGUGUGUGCCACGUCUCAGGGGUCCCGUGUCCCACUGGCGUGUCUGCCUGUUCUGGUGUGUGCCACGCCUCAGGGGUCCGGUGUCCCACUGACGUGUCUGCCUGUUCUGGUGUGUGCCACGCCUCAGGGGUCCGGUGUCCCACUGGCGUGUCUGCCUGUUCUGGUGUGUGCCACGCCUCAGGGGUCCGGUGUCCCACUGACGUGUCUGCCUGUUCUGGUGUGUGCCACGCCUCAGGGGUCCCGUGUCCCACUGACGUGUCUGCCUGUUCUGGUGUGUGCCGUGCCUCAGGGGUCCCGUGUCCCACUGGCGUGUCUGCCUGUUCUGGUGUGUGCCGCGCCUUCGGCUCUUGGUUUCUCUGGGCCUCCUGCUCCCUCAGCCCCACAGCCUCCCUCAGCCCGCCCAUGUGCCGGAGACACCUGGAGGAGCCGCUCACAUGGCAGGCCUGGCACCCAAGGGUACACAGGGAGAGUCCGUGCACUUAAUGAGUGAAAGGAGACAGGGUGCUGGCUGGGGAUAGGUAAGGAGUGGACGGGCGGCCCAUCCGGGGCACAGAGUGCUGGGAAGCAGGCGGGGUGCCCAGCAGCCCCCGCCCAGGUUGUCCAAUGAAUGCAGGGUCAGUACUCAUCCCACAGACCCUCGGAGCCGGGGCCGGGUGUGGCGGGGUCAGGAGAGGGCCAUGGAUGGCAUCCGAGCUUACAAGGUGCACCACCAGUGACACACCAUGAGUCCUCCCAGGAGUGCUGUGCUGACCUCCUUCGCUUCUCAGCUGCCGCUUGGGGCGUGUUGCACACAGGGGAGUUGUGGAGGGAAGCUGCAGGAAUGCCCACCUCUGCGUCCUGUUGAGGGUCUGGGUCUCUCUCAAGCUGGAUCUAGGCUGAGCACAGGCCGUGGGAAAGAAAGCCUGAGAUGGGAGGGGGGCCAUUCACAGGUCUUCCGUUCUGCCCCGAAGACCCAACCCUCUUCACCUCCCACCGUGUCCUUCCACAUUGUAAGGGCCCCAGACCAAAGGGGCCACACAGGCGUGGGUCAGACACGCGGGGCCUGGUCCCCCUGCUCAAUAAUGUUGGCUCCUCUGACAGCUGGGGAAGGUGCUCCAAGCCUCUGUGUUCAUGUUUGCAAAUGGCAAUGCCCGUUCAGAAUUCCAGAGGCCUGCAGAGUUCCCGCCAGAGCCUGGCUUUGGGCACAUGGGCGCCCAGCAGUGGAUUCCAGGGUCCCUGCCCUUGGGGAGCCCAGUCUGGCCAAGGAGGCAGCUGUGUCUGGAGAGGCAGUGUGCCCUGUAGGGCACCCAGCACCUGUGGGCACCAUCCUGGGGACCAGGAUUCCAGACAACGCUGGCCGCAACCCAGUCCCAGCCGCUCAGGAGCCUGAGUCCGCAGGAGAGAUGGCGGAUCCAGACCAGGAGCGGAGAAAAAGUCACAGGGCUGGGUGAGUGGAGCAGUGACGCCCCCCGCGGGGCGGGGCGGGGCAGGCGCCGACACUGGGGUUGCAGGGACGCGGAGGGGCAGGCAGCCGGGAGAAUAUUCUGGACCGAAGGGAUGGCACAAACAAAGGUGGGAGGUGGGAUGGGGUGUGGUGGAGGCCGUUGUAGGUGAGUCAUGUGUUGUGGGCAAGGUGCCGAUGCUGUGGGAGCCUGAGAAGCCUGGACUCCAGGGAGCUGGCCAGGGAGGGCAGCAGCGGCCAGGUCUGGAGGAGGGUGCAGCCUCUACCCCUGCCAGGAGCCUGGACUUAAUUCUGCAGCCCAAGGUCAGGGGAGGGGGCAGUUCUUGGAAGGGCCACAGUGGGCUUCAGCAGGCCCAGUGGAGACUGAGGCGGUGGGGACCGGGACGUGCGGAUGGAGACAGCACCUCCACCAGAAGGGGAAGGGGCAGAGCCAACCACCCAGGGUGGUGCCUGGGACCCCACACUGCAGAGAUUCCCUGUAGGCAGGUGGGCACAGGUAGAGGUCGGCUCUGAGGGAUAGGGAUGUGAGUGUGAGGGUCGGGCGAGUGUGGGGCUGAGCUUGGGGCUCCUGGGCACCCAGCCUGCUUCCCAGCGCUCUGCGACCUGGGUGGGCCACUCUUCCACUCUUUACCUAUCCCCAGCCAGCACCCUGUCUCCUUUUACUCAUUAAGUCCACAGACUCUCCCCAUGUACUCUGGGGUGCCAGGCCUGCCAUAUGAGAGGCUCCUCCAGGUGUCUCCGGCACAUGGGCGGACUGAGGGAGGCUGUGGGGCUGAGGGAGCAGGAGGCCCAGAGAAAUCAAGAACCGCAGGGCUCGGCACACACCCAUGGCCACUCCCUUUGUCACCUGCCCAUGGUGUCCUUUCCAUCCAGCCCCCCUGACAGGAAGCAAGGGCAGAGAACCCUCAUUGAGGGCUCCAGGCUGAGGGCGGAGUUAAGUGACAUAUGGCAGACCACACCGGAUGCCAGGAGGUGCUGUUCCAGCUCAGAGACCUCCGGUGAGGGUCCCCAUUUCCUCCUGUCCCACCCAGAAGGCCUCAGGGGCUUGGAGCAGAGUGAGGGGUCGUGAUGAGAGGGAAAGACCCCACGUUGGGUCUGGGAGGUCCUGGGGCUGCCAGGGCCAGGUGCCUCAGGCAGAGGACUUGAGACAAUGGAAACAAUGGAAACAUUUUCUCUUGCAGUUCUGGGGCCACAAGUCUGAGUCCCAGGCGUCAGCAGGGCUGUCCCCUCCAGAGGCUCUAGAGGAGAACCCUUCCUGCCCCGCUCCAGCUUCUGAUGGCAGCCGGCAGCCUGUGGCUUGCGGUCACACGGUACCAGCCGACUGCCCGACUUCCCCUUGUCUUCACACUGCCCUCCCCUAGUGAGUCUGUGUCCAGAGUUCCCUUUGUGCUCAGCCCGCUCUGCUUGGGGCAGCUUCCAGCCUGCUGUUCAGCUGGCCUUCUACCUCAGGAAGGCCCUGUUUCCAAGUAAGCUCCCAUUCCGAGGUACUGCCAGCCAGCACCUCCCCAUGCACAUUUUGGGAGGAGGCAGUUCUGCCCAAGCAGCUGCCAUGACUGUGCCUGUCCCACAGCCUCAUGAGAAGGCUUCAUCCCAUGCUUCAUACCCCCAUUUCACAGACGGGAGAAUCAAGGCUCUGAGAGAAGACGUCCACGAUGGAGCAGCAGGCAGGGCGAGGAGGGGACCCCCUCAGCCGGGCCUCCACCCCUUGAUGCUGCCGUCUGUCCAGGGAGGAGGAAUUUCUCCUGCCGUGUGCUGGGUAGGAGACCCCUGCUGGGUAUGGCCCACCUUUCACAGAGGGAGGAUUUUUCUCUUUGUAGUUGUAAGUUUCCUGCUCUUCACCAAGAAGGUGAGACUUUGGGGACUGUGCACCUUCCCUCGGGCCCAGCCUGUGGUCUUCACCAACCAGGAGAAACCCUUCUGAUGUCUCCUGGCUGCUUGCCCUGGGGUCACUUCUGGCCAGGUUGGAUGUCAGGCCUGUCGGUGUCUUGCUUGGUUCUAGUGGCCUGCAGACCUGUGUCCCUGCAGGGUAUAUCUGAAAAAGGGGGACUGGGGAGCCUGGUCUAAAUUGAUCCAGAGCAUCUGGCACCUCCAAGACUUCCCGAAGCAAGUGCCAAGUUACGGGUCCAGCUCCAUCCACAUGCUGUGUGACCCGGGCAACUCACUUGCCUUCUCUGGCCUCAGGUUUCCUGUUUGUAAAACAAGGGGGUUGAACUAGGGCAUUCCAAGUACUCCGCCCAGAUAAGUAAAAAACAAUCAUAAACUUUCCACAAACUCUUUAUUUCCAUUUUAUCAAAAUAUCCUGGGCUUUAAGGCAACACCGUCCAAUAGAAAAUACGGCGGCAAACCACAGAUGUGAUUUAAAUCUUCUGGUAGCUACAGUAAAGGAGAAGAAACAGGUGCGAAUAACUGAAUCAUAAUUCCGUCCAGCAUGUUCACGAUUCUUGCCAUUUCAGUACGCAAGCAACAGAGAGACACCCAGACGCCGUCCUGAGGGCGGGCGGGCCUGAAGGCGCUUCGGCCACCUCGGCCAGACUCGAGAAAAUAUUUGCGAUGCUUUUUUGGAGAUGACAAAGGUGCGUUUUUACUCCCAGCACAUCUCAAUUCAGAUGCCAAAGUCGUAUUGGAAAUAGUUGAUCUGAGUUUAGCUGUCAUAACACUCAGAGUUGAAAAAGCAGAUUCUCAGACCCAGGUUGUUCCAAACAUACUUCAGUGUUGUCCGAUAACCAAACUGAGUGUCGGGUUUUAGAUUCAAACUUCGGUUCGCUGAGCUCAGAUGUCACCCUGGACCUGGCGCGCCAGGGAGUCAGAGCCUGUUCCAGUUACCGUAAAGCCUGGAGUAUAGGGGGCUCAUUGAUUUCAGGUCCACUUAAUCCACUCCCUGGCAGGACAGGUCCUCUCCAGAGCCACUCCAGCCUCUGCCGAGGUUCUUCCUAUCCUUCCCAUUCCCCUGUUUCGUUAUUCUUGUGUCCAGAAAGCAAUUACAGAGCACCAACUGUAUGCAGGAUGUAACCAAGGAGGCUAUAUAGGCAGGACAGACCUCGUAUCCUGGAAAGACCACAGUUCCAGGUUUGAAUCUGGACACUGCCAGCCCCACGGGAGACUGUACCCACAUCUGUGACCUGGAAGCCUUCGGCUCUGAGCAGAAGCAUCUCUGUUGGGGACAGAGGAGGGCAGUGUUCACGUGACCAGUGUCUGACCCGCCUGCUCUCAGGACUGGCAUUGUGCUGGGCCAGCACUUUCCGAGGAGCAGGGCUCAGUGGCUUCGUCUGCUGGUCACAUCCCAUCACAGAAAUAGCUCUGUGCAGAUGUGCCUCUCCCGUGAACAGCAUUCCUCGAACCACGUUCCCCAGAAGCAUCAUGUUCCUCUUGGUCUGAACCGGGGAUUCUCAGGUCAAAGAUAUUCUUGGGAGACAUCAGAUCAAAUGAAGCUCAGUGGCUUUUUAAAACUUAAUUUAUUUAAAAAAAGUUUUAAAGACAGAGUCUUGCUUCGCUGCUCAGGCUGGACUGGAGCUCCUGGGAUCAAUCCUUCCGCCUCAGCCUCCUGAGUAGCUGAUUACAGGCGUGCUCCCCGCACCUGGCUCAAUGGCUUUCUACUUUUAUUUGCAGACCUUCUCGGAGCCCUUGAUGUGGCGAUGCACAUGGCAGGGAAUUCCCACUUCGCCAGUGUCAGCAGCCCUGGGCCUGCACUUUGAGACAGGAGCUGAGUCAUACUCAUUCUUGUGUCCCAUGUCACUUUUGCACACAGGGAACCCCUAGCUGACACCCUGCCCUCAGGACCCUGCCCUCAGGGUGCCUGGCAGUGGCUGCUGAUUAAAACAUGGGCUAAAAGAAGCACUAAAACAACAGCAUGCUGGAGCUCAGGGAAGGCCAAUUAUUUUCAGUCAGAGGAUCCAGGAAGACUGCCUGUAGGAGGAGACAUUGGAACUGAGCAUGAAGGAUGGGCCUACAGAGACCAGGUUAAGGGGUUCUUGGUACAUGAAACGGGUGUUCACAGACCCAGGAGGAGCUCUGUGUAUGGUUCGAUGCUCGAUGGGGUGA